UGUCUUGCCUUGCGAGCAGCAGUAAAGUGGUCGCGGAGGAAACUAGAAGGGCAGCACGUUCACGCAGAAGCAUCGCCCGCUCCUUCGCAGGAAGAUAGCAACAGCAACCGCAUUGAUUCACACCUCCUAGAGAUAAUGGAGCGUCGGCUGUGCGAGGUAGAAGUUGAAACUUCAAUCUGCAGCCCAGGACAUCAAUUGGAGUUGCUCAGCAAAGGCCUUCGCUCGAUGGUCGCGCCUGGUGGAGGUUCUUAUGGCGACGAAGACAGAUGA